AUGUUUGAGACGAAAAGCGAGAUAACUGAGAUAUUUACUAUGGAAACUGACCCAGGGGGGCCAGGAAAUGGCGCUUUCACCAUGGCAAUCGAGACGGAGUCGAGGGAGCAGGCCGUAGAGGAGUUGACAGUCGAAUUGGAGAUGGUUCGACAGGAGCUGUCAAAAAAGGACGAUGAUAAGAAGACCAUUGAAAGAAUGAUGUUGAUCAUCGAAGCCCAGCAGCGGACAAUUGACGAACUAACAGUUAAAUUAGACCUUCUACUGAAAACCCAGGUACCUUCCCAUCUAAAUACUAUACAUUCUUCCCAAACACUCCAACAAAAUCCUAGUAAAGACAAAGCUUUCAAUCUUAAGAGACCGUUAAAUAAUUCAAGCGAUCAUUCCACUGACGACGAUUCACUCCUUGACGGCUUUGUCACGGAGUACCUGCGACACUUUCGGAAACGGAGAUCAAGGAAGAUUGGCGGCACGCCCAUUGCUUUGGUGGUAGUCAUACUGCCCAAGAUAGAAAAAUCUCAGCAGCUGUUCAACGAACAUGAGCUGCUAGGUUUGGCUAUCCGAGUCGAUAUUCAAAAGAACUCAAGACUCAUCGGGCAGUGUCACCGCUGCCAAAAAUAUUAUGGCCAUACGCAAUCUUACUGCACUGCACCACCUAAUGGUUAUUGUUACCGCAAAAGGUCGAUGGACCACAACCCAAACUUUGUGGCUUUUUGGCUGUUUCAGCAGAUAUCAUUCAAAGAAUUUAUAUUGGUGGUCAAUAGAUGUUGUAAAAUUCAUAUAACUCUUACUAAGCUGUUCGUACUGAUACAAAAAGGUAUUCAGGUUCCACAAACUGAAAAUGACUGGAUUGCUAUAGCAAAGGAUUUCGAAAAGAGAUGGAAUUUCCCUCAUUGUCUUGGCAGCCUAGAUGGAAAACAUAUCGAUAUAAUUCCUCCAGCCAACAGUACAAAUGGCAGAGUAUCAGAUGGGGGUUUCCCGGAGAAAAAGAAGUUGCAAAUGAGUCACGAAAGCUACCGUUUGUUUUUGUCGCAGAUGAUGCUUUUCCUUUGA